UGGGCGAGCAGCAGAUCUAGUCAAGGCCCACAUCCCUCGAUUCUCGAUUGCCUUCUCAACCAGCACGAUGGCGUACGAUUACGAUCCCCGUGGCCAGGAUUUCAAUGUGGCCUUUCAAGCGGACAGCGACUUUGGUGCAAGCAACGUGCGAGGCAACUUCAGCGACACCAAGCCCCGGAUAUUGCUCAUGGGCCAAAAGCGGUCGGGCAAGUCAUCCAUCCAGCAAGUUGUCUUUCACAAGAUGUCUCCGAACGAAACCCUGUUCCUUGAGACCACCAACCAUGUGGUGAAGGACGAGAUUUCCAACAGUUCGUUUGUCCAGUUUCAGAUUUGGGAUUUCCCUGGCCAGAUUGACUUCUUUGACCCAGCUUUUGAUGCUGAAGUCAUCUUUGGUGGCUGCGGAGCACUUGUCUUUGUUAUCGAUGCUCAGGACGAGUACAUCGAGCCACUUGCGCGCCUGCACCAAACAGUGGUGCGGGCCCACCAGAUCAACAAGGACAUGUCCUUUGAGGUCUUCAUUCACAAAGUUGAUGGCCUGAGCGACGACAACAAGAUUGACGUUACUCGCGACAUCCACGAACGUGUCAAGGAAGAGCUGGAACAUGAUGGCUUGGAGGAUGAAAUCCACAUGAGCUUUUACUUGACCAGCAUCUAUGACCACUCUAUCUUUGAGGCCUUUAGCAAGGUGGUUCAAAAGUUGAUCCCCCAGCUGCCCAUGCUCGAGAACCUCCUCAACACCCUCAACAACAAGUGUGGCAUUGAGAAAUCGUUCCUGUUCGACGUUGUUAGCAAAAUUUACAUUGCGACCGACAGCACACCCGUGGAUAUGAAGUCGUAUGAGUUGUGUUCAGACAUUAUUGACGUGGUCAUUGACGUGUCUUGCAUUUACGGCACGGGCGAUGAUGGGACCGCAAGUGCAUACGACGUCAAGUCUAGCUCCGUCAUCAAACUCAGCAACGGCAACGUUCUAUACUUGCGUGAAGUAAACAAAUAUCUGGCGCUGGUCUGCCUGGUGUCCAAGGACCCGGCAGAGAAGCAAGGGAUCCUCGACUACAACUUCCACUGCUUUCGCGAUGCCAUUCAGCAGGUUUUCAAGGUUCACCAGCGCGCCAUUGAGAGCCGCCAAUAGAGCCCUUGUCCCGCUUGCUGGUGUCUCCUCGUUGGUGUCAAGUGUUUUUGUUCUUUCAAGGUAAAAAAAUUGAACCUAGUCAGCUG